AUGUACAGUCCCGUGUUCACUCCAUUUAACACGUCUAGUGGAGAAAUCGACCUAUCUGUCAUUCCUGAGUAUGCGCAGUUCUUGAAGGAUGGCGGAACUGAUGGGGUCUCCGUGGCCACGCUUACCGGGGAGGGCUUGAGUUUGAGUGUAGAUGAAAAGAAAAAGCUAUAUGAAGCUUGGGUGAAUGCGGCCAGGCCUCUGGGUCUCAAGAUUAUCGUUCAAGUAGGAGGAAUACCCGUGCCUGAUAUCAUUGAACUGACACAUUUUGCUGUCAACAUAAGUGUGGACGGCAUUCAACUUCUUCCACCGCCUUAUUAUAUUAUAACGAAUUCGGACGAGUUCGUUGCCUUACUUGAGAUAGUGGCCGAGAACGCUGGCGACCUACCUAUUUAUUACGAUGAUUUUUACGAAUAUACACUCGAAGAAGAAGACGACUUUUCUCUACAAUAUUACUUCGAUUCGGCCUCUAGGAGAGUAGCGCAAUUCAAGGGCAUGGUCGGUACAUUUAGGGUCGCAGUGUAUGCAUCUCUAGAAAACGACCCGAGGAGCGACCAGACCAUCUUUAUUUAUAACCAGCCAAAUGUUGAAGCCGCAGCUUUCAUGGACUGUAAUUCGUUCAUGCUACCGGCAAUGAACAUUUUCCCGAGCCUUUUCAAGCAGAUCGUCGACCUGAGCUCUAACGGAACUAGAUCAGAAGAAGCUCUCGCUCUUCAGGACAGAUUGAACGAUAUCGUCUACGAGAUAUUAGACAAAGGAGAUGAUGUAGCAACGUUAAAAGCAGCCGCUGAACUGGUAUCAGGGAUUAAGCUUGGCGGCGUUCGUCCUCCAAUGCGUGCUUUAUCCAGGACGACGUACAUGGAGAUCAAGGAUAUACUUGAAGACAAUGACGUCGAAACACACGACUAG